GCAAACUCCCCUUACUAAGCAUCAUUGUUGUGCGACUUCCAUCCAUUACUUGCAGGCCGUUUGAGAGUAAAAGGAAAUCCGAGCGGCCAGAGUUCUCUACAUUCCUUUUACAUCCUACUUAGUAAAAGGAGAUCUUCUGAGGAGGCAUUGGCUUGAGAAAUUUUUAGCUGAAGGAGUCCAAAUUAUUCUCAUGCUAACAGUGCCUCAUUUGGUCGAAGUUGCAAGGGACUGCGCAAUCCCAUAAUACCAAACAAAAAAGUUCAAUUCUGAAAUGGGAAACAACUCCUCAUCAUCAUUUUCGGGCAAAAAGUACAGUGGAAUUGCAGAAAGGGCGGAUUUCACAUCGCAUGGACCUAAGCAUUUACCUACCAACUGGUGGCAACAUGAAGAGCAUCAAUAUGCGGUCGCCGCCUGCUUCAUUAAUGGUGUUUACGUCCUGGAACAUGAUCGCCGAGAGGGCGGAAUCGGCGAGCGUGCCUUGGCACCACCAUGGUGGGAGUCUUUCGGCUAUGUGUUGUUGAAAGAGCUCAUCAGCCCUGAUGACGAUGGCAUCUUUGGAGCCAUCUACCAGCGUACCAUCCACCUGGACGCGCCGGAAACUCCGUUCUUGGUGUUGGCAUUCCGAGGCAUGGUCACGGACUGCGACCGAAGAACAGUGUUGAACAUGCCGUUCGGCGGCCUCGCCUGGUCCAACAACUUCAAAGUUGCCUUGGAAGCCGUGCACCGCCUCUCUCUUUUAUGCGGCCAAGAAAACAAGAUUUGGCUGUGCGGCCAUUCCCUUGGUGCUGCCAUCGGAUUGCUUGUCGGAAAGAUCAAGGCAAAAGGUGGAAUUUACUUGGAUACUUUUCUCUUCAAUCCGCCCAUCGUUCUGGACCACUUGGGGAAGGGUGUUCUUGACUUGUUCAAAAACACUACGUUCAUCAAUCCCUUGGGCUUCAUUGCCUGGAACAUGUUUGUGAAUGCUCAGAAAGAAGCAGUCUCGUCAGAUGCAGGUCAGAAGGCCUUCCAAAAUCUCGUCAAGUGGCAACCACGGUUCCUGUUGAAUCCGGGAGACUUCAUUUGCAGCGGCUACAUCAAGUACUACCAUCAGCGAGAUAUGGCGAAGAUACCACUGUUCUCUUGGCCUAACUGGAUGCCCCAGCUGAACCCCACGGCCGGUCCUCAAUUCGAAGAGCUCCACCUGCCUUACGUGACUCCAUCCGCCUGUCUCAUCCUCAAUAUGGCAGAAAAGGGGGCGGGUGAGUGCCAUGGAAUCAAACAGUGGUGGGAUGAUGACUUAAUUCUGGAAUACAAACACCAUGGUCACCGUACAGAGAUAGUGUCCACCACCAUCAUAUGCGCUUUACCGUUAGCACCUAAUGAAUAAAUAAGUAUAGCCAAGUGAAUUCAACACUUGGCUAUUUAAGGGAGGGUUGGCUGAAUUCUUGUAGCUUCGUUGAAAUAUGUUUAUAUGGAUCAAG